AUGACUGUAGGGGAGUAUGCUGCAAAAUUUCAAGAGUUGAUGAAGUACUGGCCCCACUACCAGCAUGGAGAUGGAGAGGAUGACCUGUGUUCUCUGUUUGAGCAUAGAUUGAGGCCAGACAUUAAAGUUGCAGCCAACUCAGAAGGCAAAACCGUGGACACUAGAAGGAGUGGUCCAAUGAGGCAUGAUAGAAGACCCCCUAGAUUUUCGAAGGGACCAUAUUCAGGCUCAAGCAAGUCUCACUCUAGAGGAAGUUCAUCCCAAGAGAAGAGUAGCAGUGGGAGUGGUUUUGGUACUAGCUCUUUCAGAGGGCAGAUUAAAUGUUUUCGGUGUGGAAGGCCACACAUGCUGAGGGAUUGUCCACAUCCAAGAACAAACUGCAGAAAUUGUGGGAAGUUGGGACACAUUGCCAAUGUGUGUUGGUCCCUAAAGAGAAGCGGCAGUACGAGCUCAGCUCAGAGACCUGAAUCUAGUGGGAGUACUGGGCCGAGCACUGGGCCGAAGCCGAGCAUACCAGGAAGAGUCUUUGCUAUGAGUGGAGCGGAGGCAUCACGGUCUGAGGAGCUGAUCUGGAGUAAAUGCACUAUUAAGGGUCGAUUGUUGGAUGUGUUGUUUGACUCGGGUGCUACGCACUCCUUUAUUUCUGCGGAUUGUGUGAAGAGUCUAAAUUUGUAUGUGACUGAAUUGUCGUGUAACGUCAUAGUGACUACCCCUACGGGUAAACUGGUUGUGACGUCGUGGGUAUGCUUGGGAUGCGCAAUCAUGGUGCAUGGUAGGGAGUUUGAGGUAGACUUGAUUUGUUUGCCUCUUUCUCAGUUAAAUGUAAUAUCCGUCUGUAAAUAG